UUGUCGGUAUGGCAUAGUUUUGUCGCCGUUUCGGUUUUCAACAAUAUGGUUGAGAAGACUGAGGAUUUGAAGAGCUCACUAACAAAUUUGGUUAACGGCUUAGGGUACAUUUUGUCUGAUCGUUUACGAAAUGUAGAUGGCGAUUUCGAUUUUGAGUUGUCUCUCACUGCUUCCUCUGAUCUGGACACACGAUUCAUGCUGAUGCUUGACAGGUAUAUAAUGCCUGGGUCUAACACAGACGAUUCCAUACCUGUUAAGAAUGCCUGGGUGAAGUUUGCCGCAAUGGCCUCUGCAUACGUCUACAAAAAUGUUGGUGAAUCGGUUUCCAAACCCCUUCGAAAAUGGCUGGCGAAUGCUGCCAGUGCUGCGAUUCUCGCUGGACUACUUGCAGAAGUGCCCGAAUCGUCGGAUUCAAAUGAACGGACUACUUCUGAUGGAGAGACAUCUGUCGAAAAUAUCUCCGCACCUGAUAGAGUAGUGGAGAAUCGUCAAGAUGGUGCCUGGUACUAUGGCCGUUGGACCGUUGACAAUGUUGCUAGCAGUUGUGAACUGAUGGAUGUGAUCGAUGUUGAAAUGACAGAUGCAUGUAUUCGAGUGAUGAUUGCUGCUGUUGUUAAUUAUUUCCAGGAGAACAGAUUCGCUCCGUGUGGUUUGUUGAGAGACAGUUAUGCAAGUGCAAUACUGAGAAGUGAUCUAAUGGAUAGGUAUGGGUUGACAGACGAACGUGACAAAAUUGAAGCGAUGCGUAUUACUGGUAGUUGGGUCUCGAAACUGUAUGUGUUUCACAUGGCGACGAAGCAUCGUGAUUUGGAACAUCCAAUCAGACCUAUAAAUAAUGUUGGUUUGGUGCGUCCUCUGAAACUAGAUAUCAGUCAGUGUUUCGAGGACUUGACAGCUAGAUUUAUCCGUACACGAAUCGCACAUCAGAUUGCCAGUCGAAUGGUGCGAUCUGUGUGCAUAGUGUUUUUCGAAGAUUUGAAUGAAUUGAUUGAGUUGCGGAAGCUGUACCGUCAAAUAUCCGGUGAUCCAUUUUAUUAUCACUCUGACUGUGAAUAUUUGACGAAAUCAUCUCGACCGUCAGUCAGUGACAAGAUGAGUUGUAUAUUUGGUCGAUUGGUCACCUAUUUGAGUGUUUUUGAGCCGAAUAGUGAACUGUUUGAUUAUCCGCAGUUGAAGAUGAGUGGCAGAACUCGAGAACAACACUAUGUUGAUUACAGUAAGAAUUGGAAGAAGAUACUGGAGACGAUUUAUACAGAGUUGUAUAUGCCAAGUGGAAGUCAUUUAUUGGAUGUACUUAGAAGUAGAUGCAAGAUUGCAGAAAAUAUCCCACAAAAUGAAGAACUUUUGAGAGAAUGUUGGAAUGAAUAUGGUGUCGGUUGGAAUAUUUCGGAGUUUAUUUUCCGAUAUUCACUUAAUCGUUAAAUAUUUUGUCUGUUCAUUGACAACUCAAGAUUAAAAUUUUGUUAUUGACAAAUUGCAAUAUUAUUCUUCUUAUUCAUAAAAUUUGCUUUUUCAUCAGUGAUGUUGCUUUAUGUGUUCACUGUGGUUUUGUUAACAUAUAGGUAAUUGUUACAAGCACUUUAAGUGAAUAUAAGUGAACUAAAAUUCAGAUGAUUUUAGUAUUAUCGAUCAGAGUUUCUGAAAACCGAAUUAUUAGUAAACUUAUUGUUACUUUACAUCUGUCAUUACAUUGUAUUGUUUGCGUUGAUUUAUCCAUACUGUUAUGUAAGUGUAAUUGUGCACAAAGUAAAUAUUCGAUAACUUUUCAUGUAUUAGUAUUUCGUAAGAUUCUCAUAAAUAUUACACCACAUU